GCUCCUCCAUCGGGGCCGGGCCGGCGGAGCAGCCCCGAAGUUUGCGGAGCGGCCGGCGCCGAGGCCAUGUGGCUGCUGUGGCUGCUGCUGGGCUCGGCGGCAUGUUGCAGAUUUCAGUAGAGCAAGGACACCUUCCUGGUGCACUGGAAUCAAAGCUGGUGUGGCUGUAUGCUGGGUGGGAGAUAGCCAGCUGCUGCCUGGGAACAAUUUCACAAAUGAAUGCAACAUACCUGGAAACUUCAUGUGCAGCAACGGGCGCUGUAUCCCAGGGGCCUGGCAGUGUGAUGGGCUGCCAGAUUGCUUCGAUGACAGUGAUGAGAAGGAAUGCC